GCCUUUGCUGGGUUGAGGGUUUCUUUGACACUAGGUCUAUGUCUCUGGGCCUCGUUGACCUACAAGUCCUCAUCGAACCCGGCCGUCCCCAAGAUUGUAUCCAUGUCGGUACUCUUUCUUUUUUGCCUUUUUUCUUUUUUUUUUGAACAAGGGGGGAUUUUUUGGGGAAGGGAAAAUAUUACGACUGUCCACUAGGGACUUGAGCCUUGAUAUGAGUCAAGUGUUUGAUGCACAUUGCAGCCCGCCAGGGGCCUGCUAGUGCUUUUGUUUUGCCCUUUUUUAUUGUUCAUGACUAGGAAAUGGAAAGCUCAUAAUGAUUUGGGUUUGCACAAUUUAGUAAAAUUAAGGGCAUUUGACAGUGUCAUUGAUAAGUGGAAAUUCUAUUAUAACUUUUCUUUUUAGAUCAUAUUGUGUCAUGUUAGUUCUUUACUGUAAUUCUCAUCUGUUUCUGUCCAGUUCCACUUAUUCCAUUUUCUUUGCUCAUGUAUUCUCCUCAUUUGUCUAGUUUGCUUAUGUUUUUAGACAUUUUAUGCUUCACUUUUUAAUUGUUUACAUGGUCCUGUUUAUUACUGGGAUCCAAAAGGUAAAAGAGAAACAAGGCUGAUACGAAGGAAUGUCAUCCACAAGCAACUUAGUCAGAGCCUCUGUUCUGUGAAUGGGUGCUUAUCUGAUGACCCAAAUUUGAGGUCAACUGAAUUUACAUGUCUUGAAUCUGUUCCUGGAACCCAUUGUUCUCUAGAACACGUACUCAGUUUUCUAUAGGUAAUUUUAUGUAUUGUUUUUCAUUUCUUCUGGAGUCAUAUGAGUUUUAGAAUUUUUUGUAAACUUCACUUAUAUCUCUCUAUUAUAAAAUUUAGGUGUUUAACUUUUAGUUAUGCUAUUUUGGUAUAUUAAUAAGAAAAAAAUCAAGUUUGUAUGCCGGGUUUACCAUUGUUGGUCCAUAUACACCUGUGGCCAAACCAUUGCUUCUGUUUUGGAUACCUCCUAACUGUCAUUGAUUGUUUUCAAUUAAUUUGUUCUUUAGAAUACAAGCCUCAGCUAUGAAUGGAAAACAGCUUCUGUUUCUGGCAGAAAGUGUCUCUGAGAUGCUGAAAAACCUCCAUUCUAUCUGUUAUUGGUAAUUUUUGUAUUGGUUAUUUCUGUCGAUAUAAUUAACAAACAUAUUUGUGUGUCUUAGAUUCUGAUCUCCUUUUGGUGUGGUUCCUUUUUUGUUUUUCCUUUUGGAGGAUUUUUAAGAGCUUCAAGGUAGAGGAAGCAAGAGGAGAGAUGGGAUCCUUUCAAUGUUUUUACAUUUUUGUAUGCUUUUCCUUCUUUGGUUUUCUUUAUUUGAUUUUUUAUUUUCUUUCUGUUGUUUUUGGAAUAAAGUUUUUAAUGAGAGGUGGGAUCAAUUUUUUAAUUUUUGUAUGGUUUUGAUUUUGGCUAUGUAUGGAAACUUGGAAUAAACUCUUGGUUGUUCCACCUAUGUUAGUUAAUUCCACCUUUUUUAUAAGCUAUACAUCCAUUGUUGGAAAUUUCAUUUUUGUUUAUGUUAAAGUUGUACUUGCAGGUUGAAACACGAGUACUUUUACUUAGCCUUGAUCCAAUGUGAGACAAAGGUUGAAAAACUUCUCUACCUUGAGGUUAAUUUCACAUGUUGAUCUUUCUAAAUACAUUGUUCUUAUGUUGCACUUUAAUACGUUAAGUGGUGGCUAUUACAAGGAAGCAAUGUGGUUUUUUUAGUUGCUUAUCCAUAAAACCCUGGAAGUCACUUCGUACACUUGAAAAUGAACUCAUAGAAUGACAAAACUCAGAUUUAGAGAUCCUAAAUUACAUAUUUUUAAUUAGCUUUAAUUCCAUUGAUCACAUUCGAACUGUUUCUUACUUUUUCUGUCAAAUCUAAUUUUGUAGGUUGUUAGGCUUUUUUCACUGUUGAGUUUGAGACAGAGUUUUGGAGUUUUGGGUCCUUAUGAGUUAUGACAUUGAAGGACAUUUUAUGUUAUGAUAUUUAAGGGUUAUCUCUACCUUACGAAAAUUUCUGCCUUUACAUAUGGGCUGUUUUAUGUCUAUUGUAUUGCAUUGAUAGUUUGCGAUAGUAUCAUUACGGACGUGUUUAAUCUUCUUUCAUUUUGCUUAGGUGAAGCUAAUAUACCUUGGAAUUUCCAGAUCUAGAUAGCAUUUUUGGGUUUCUUUUAAUUUAUUUUAUUAUCAAAAGGGUUUUCUGAAAAGUGUUUGUCAUGUGCUUCCUUUUUUGGCUAGAAUUUAUUGUGUGCUUCCUUGAAUCCCAUAUUUUGCAUUUGGUUUGUUUUUAAUUUAUUUUAGAUUUCCAUUCGAAUUCUACUAUUUGGAUAGUUUAUUGAUUUGAUUUGAUUCCGUUUUGAAUUACAGUCUAGAGUGUUGUUUUGGAUAAAAAAAUGGUGGUUUCUACCCUGAUCACACCUAGACAGGGUUCUGUGUCUUCUUAUGGCAGGGGUGCAUUUCAAAAGGCCCAAAGUAAUUGACCGCAUGGUAUGAGACUUUAAAUGGAAAGAUGAAAGGAUUGUGGAUGUGAAAUAUUUCAGAGAUGUUUAAUUUCGAAAUUCAAUAUUUAUACUGAUGUCUCUUUUCUGUUUGGUCUUGGUACUGUAUUUGACCAAUUGGACAUGGCCCCUAAUUAUGAAGUUUUACAUCUUAUUUGGAGCUUGAAACUAUGUUUUAUGGGAAAGUAAUCAAGGGCUUUUCUUUAAUCAGUAUUACUCCCAAUGUCAUGAUUUUGAGAGUUCAAAUUUGUUUAAUUGGUGGUAGUAAAUAGGAUGUUUGCUU